AGAAGUAUGAAAGUUCUAAUUCCGUUCCUUGUUGGUCUUUUGACACUUCGAGAUAGUUCCGCAGAACACGUCGAGGAUAAUGAUGCGUACUUAACUCACUUUUUGGCAGACUUGUGGCUUGAAGGCGCUGAUGUUGUUAAAAUCAUUUGGCGGGAUUGCUCUAAAAAGCUUGCUGACGUCAAAGAUUCUAUUGAGAGUAAGGAUUUAUAUCCAAAAUUCACAAGAUGUAUGAAAAUAAAGACAUUGAGGGCAUUGGACAGGUCCCUUAAUCUUGAUGUGAUACCAAUUGCUGAUGGCAUAAAUUUGGUGAAGUUUGAAGUAGUGGAUCGAUCCGGCAAUGUCAUUAAUGCUGAUAAUUCAAGCACAUGGUCCGAGAGGGAUUUCAAUGAAUCUGAUUGGCGGACUUUAGUAUUGCAGCGUAUGGCAAAAGUGCUACGAACUCAUGUUAUCAAAGUCGACUUCCAUGAAUAUAAAACUACCGAUGAAGUCGAACAGCGCGGGCGCCGACGUCACCACAUGAUGACAAUGAUGAUGUUCGGUAUCGUCUCCAUCGGAAUGGUUCUCAUCCCAAUGGGCUUCCAGUUCCUGGCAGUACUCGGUGGGAAGGCUCUGCUCCUCGCCAAAAUGGCGCUCAUUCUCGCAUCAAUACAAGGACUUAAAAAGAUUGCUUCAAGUCCGUUGAAUUAUGGCUUCUACCACAAUUACAAUCCUUACGACCAUCUGGAUAAAAGGAGUAACGAUGAUGCAUUACUUCCUGGAACUCCGUCGAUAUCGAAACCACAUUGGCCUUUAAAAACUUAUAAAAAUAACGGAGUUGAGAGCCGAGGAAAGAUUUACGACAAACAAACGAAUAAUGGAAUAUGGAACUCAAUAUCGAAUCGGAAAGACAAUUAUGAAUCCCGACAAUUAACAAAUACUGACUUCUUUUCUUCUCUACCAGACAUCACAUCGAGACCUGGUGAAGUACAAGCUGAUUAUUCCCUGGAAUUACCGUUCAAUAGACUGAAUUUUCAAAGUCCCAAUACUGUCGUUUCAACUUGA